CAGGAGCCUAGUGGCUGAGGUGCCACCGAGGCUGGGGACUGAACCCAGAUCUCCAGGCCGAGUUCACUGCGCCUGCUGCACCGAUCUCUGCGCUUGCUCCUGCGAGGCGCCGCACUGCCUCAGCCGCCGCCCCGGAGGUAAGCGGGCCAGGGUUGUCAGGGAUGGAUGGGGGGGUCCCGCGUCCCCGCACGACUCCUGCUGGUCCCCCUUGUCGUGCCGUCCGCUUGUCCGUGUGUCCAUGAGUCUGCCGCUGUCCUCUGCGGGUCUCCCUGAACCCGGGGGUUCGGUGCGCGCGGCAGUGUAGGGGCGCGGGGUCCCCAGCAGCGUGGACCCCUGGGGAAGGCCCUGCCUGCCUAGUUCCCUUCGGAAGGAGGCCCAGGGCUGGUCCGCCCGAGCCCGGCGAGGGGCCGCGGGUGCGCACCGGAGCGUGGCUGCAACAGGUCUGCUCCCCGCUCGAGCUCCGCGCCGUCCCCUGGGGUCCCCUCCGCCUCUCCGCGCCGCGCGAGCACCACAGGACGUCGAUGGCCUUGGGGCCCCUGCUGAUACUCAAGCUGCCACCCUAAGACUGGCAGCGGAGAAGGCUCGGAGGUCGCUGGCAGAGACCGGUCGGCUCAAGUGGGUGGCCUCGGGUGAAGCGGAAGGACAGCGUCCUGGCGGGGCGCAGCCAGGGUCGUGGCCAGACUCCAGCUCCCCGCCCGGGGAACGAAGCCGGCGACGUUGUGGAAUGGUCCGGCGAGAAACGAGGAGGGUCCGGAGCGCACCGGCCACCCACCGGCGCCGAGGCUCGAGGCUCGGAGUCCUGCUCCUUGAGCAGCGCUGCGCAGCCUGCAGCAGACUGUACAGCACCUCCGGGCAUCACCUGGGGCUUCCUUGGCCUUUCUGUGACACUACAAGGACCCUUUCGGGGUGCUGAAGUAGGGACUCCAUCUCCAUCUCUACUUUAUUUUCACAUUUGAGAACCUGUUGAUGGGAUGGAUGAAAAUGCUGAAGUUGAUCACAGUGCUGAGAAUAUUCUUGAAGAUAAAUGGAAGAACUGUUAUAUGCAACAAAUCGGUCAGCUGUCUUUUCUGCCUGUACCACUUGGAGGGAAAAAAAAUCAGAAGGACUCUUUGCUUCCUCCUUCUGGAAGGAGUUGAGCUAAAGGACAAUCAGAUUCUGGGGUCUUCCUGGGACUUUCUUCUACUGGUGACGUGACUGGAGCAGGAGGAAGACCCGAGCUCAUGCCUGAGCUGAAGUCUUGCCUUUCUUCAGCAGAAUUGCAUGCAGAUUUCAGUUUCCAGCAUCCUUGUGGCUUUCUGGUGAAAUGUGACGACUCCAGGCUGUAACCGGCUCCCUGCAGGACAAGCAGAGCCUGGGUCCCUGGGAGCCGAGGAGAAGCUACAGACCAGGAAGCAACACCUCCACUCCUGAUUCUGCCUCGUCACCUUGGGCCUGUGAGGCUGGACAGACCCCAGCCCAAGUGGCAGUGGAUUUGGAAAUGCGGAGCUUCCGGAAAACUUGGGCUGGCUCCUGGGAUGACUCAUGGAGUUACCCUAAGUGUUGCCCUUGGGAUGUCUGCAUUUCCCUUCACAUUGGGUCUGCCACACUCAUUCACCAAACCCUUCAUGGCCCAUUGUGACUGCGAAUCCAAGUCUGCAUCUCCAAUUGUCCUGCACAGGCUGACUGUGACAGCACGCUACUCUGAGGAUUGCUGCAGCCAGCGCUGUUUCAACAUCUUCGACAGCAUCUUGCCAGCUGAGAAUCUGAGCCCAACUCUACUGCCAGGAAGCUCUCAGUGACCAGUGGAGAAGCCCACCCUCCUUUGCUGGACAAGUCUCAGAGGACUCAGGGAACCAUCCAGGAUUUGCUUGCACAGCACGCACUUUGGGCACAUGUGCUCUGCAUGGGGAGCCAUCACAGGCAGGAAAGCACUGUCACCAUCACAGAGGGUCCUGGUCAGGGCUACUCUGCCUCCCAUAGCUUUGACAGCUGGCUCUGUGACCCAGAAGGAGCCUCACUCCUGUUUGGGGGAAGGGGUCAAGUGUUAUGCCCCCUGUGCACAGUUGUUCUUGCAUCUACCCAGAAAGGGCAUCUUCAUCUUUCUGCUUUCGAAAUGACCUAUGACCUCAUCAGAUGAGGUUACUGCCCUCCCCACUCUCUCCAUGGGAAGGGGCACGCUCUGUCAGGAUGGAAGCCAUCGCGAGGCAGAGGCAUGACACUUGGGUCAAGGCUGCGCUGGCGACUGGGUGGCUCUUUCUGGCCCUCUUCCCUGGGGCCGCAUCCAAAGUGGCUGCUGAGUGCCCUGACCAGAACCCUGAGCUGCAGCCCUGGAACCCUGGCCAUGAUCCGGAUCACCGAGUGGACAUCAGCCAGGGAAGGAUGCUGCUGCUUGCCUCCUCUGCCACCGUCCACUCCAUCAACAUCUCAGAGGGGGGCAAGCUCAUCAUUAAGGACCAUGAGAAGCCCAUUGUUUUGCGUACCCGCCAUAUCCUGAUUGGCAGUGGAGGAGAGCUGCAUGCUGGGAGCACCCUCUGCCCUUUCCAGGGCAAUUUCACCAUCAUUCUGUAUGGAAGGGCUGAUGAAGACAUUGAGCCAGACCCUUACUAUGGACUGAAGUACAUUGGCGUGGGCAGGGGUGGCACCCUGGAGCUGCAUGGGCAGAAGAAGCUCUCCUGGACAUUUCUGAGCAAGACCCUCCGCCCGGGGGGCAUGGAGGAGGGAGGCUAUUUUUUUGAAAGGAGCUGGGGCCACCGCGGAGUCAUUGUCCAUGUCAUUGACCCCAAAUCUGCCAUAGUGAUCCACUCUGACCGAUUUGACACUUACAGAUCCAAGAAAGAGAGUGAGCGUCUGGUCCAGUAUUUGAAUGAGGUUCCUGAUGGCAGAAUCCUUUCUGUGGCGGUGAAUGAUGAAGGCUCCCGAAACCUGGAUGACCUGGCCCGGAAAGCUAUGACCAAGCUAGGGAGCAAACACUUCCUGCACCUUGGAUUUAGACAUCCUUGGAGUUUUCUCACUGUGAAGGGAAAUCCCUCUUCUUCGGUGGAAGACCACAUUGAAUAUCAUGGACACCGAGGCUCUGCGACUGCCCGGGUAUUCAAACUCUUCCGGACAGAGCAUGGAGAGUACUUCAAUGUCUCCUCAUCCAGUGAGUGGGUCCAAGAUGUGGAGUGGACGGAGUGGUUCAACCAUGAUAAAGUGUCUCAGACUAAAGGUGGGGAGAAAAUUUCAGACCUCCGGGUAGCUUACCCAGGAAAAAUCUGCAACCGCCCCCUUGACAUACAGGCCACUACAAUGGACGGAGUCAACCUCAGCACUGAGGUUGUCUACAAAAGGGGCCAGGAUUAUAAGUUCGCCUGCUACAACCAGGGCCGAGCCUGUCAGAGCUAUCGUGUGCGCUUCCUCUGCGGGAAGCCUGUGAGGCCCAAGCUCACAGUCACCAUCGACACCAACGUGAACAGCACUGUCCUGACUCUGGAGGAUAAUGUGCGGUCCUGGAGGCCUGGAGACACCCUUGUGGUCGCCAGCACUGACUACUCCAUGUACCAAGCAGAAGAGUUCCAGGUGCUGCCCUGCAGAGCCUGUGCCCCCAACCAGGUCAAAGUGGCAGGGAAGCCGCUGUACCUGCACAUUGGGGAGGAGACAGACGGCGUGGACAUGCGGGCUGAGGUCGGGCUCCUGAGCCGGAACAUUGUGGUGAUGGGGGAGAUGGAGGACAAGUGCUACCCCUACAGCAAGCACAUCUGCAGCUUCUUUGACUUUGAUACCUUUGGGGGCCACAUAAAGUUUGCACUGGGGUUUAAGGCCACACACCUGUCGGGCGUGGAGCUGAAGCACAUGGGGCAGCAGCUGGUGGGCCAGUACCCAAUCCACUUCCACCUGGCGGGCGACGUGGACGAGCGGGGCGGCUACGACCCGCCCACCUACAUCAGGGACCUCUCCAUCCACCACACCUUCUCCCGCUGCGUCACCGUUCACGGCUCCAACGGCCUGUUGAUCAAGGACGUCGUGGGCUAUAACUCUCUGGGCCACUGCUUCUUCACGGAGGAUGGCCCGGAGGAACGCAACACAUUUGACCACUGUCUCGGCCUCCUCGUCAAGUCUGGAACCCUCCUGCCCUCUGACCGCGACAGCAGGAUGUGCAAGAUGGUCACAGAGGACUCCUACCCGGGCUAUGUCCCCAAGCCCAGGCAGGAAUGCAAUGCAGUGUCCACCUUCUGGAUGGCCAAUCCCAACAACAAUCUGGUCAACUGCGCCGCGGCGGGGUCCGAGGAAACGGGAUUCUGGUUCAUUUUCCACCAUGUACCAACUGGCCCCUCUGUGGGGAUGUACUCCCCAGGGUACUCAGAGCACAUCCCACUUGGCAAAUUCCUCAACAACCGUGCUCACUCCAACUACCGGGCUGGCAUGAUCAUAGACAACGGAGUCAAAACCACCAAGGCCUCUGCCAAGGACAAGCGGCCAUUCCUCUCCAUCAUCUCGGCCAGGUACAGCCCACACCAGGACGCCGACCCGCUCAAGCCCCGGGAGCCUGCCAUCAUCAAGCAGUUCACGGCCUACAAGAACCAGGACCAUGGGGCCUGGCUGCGUGGUGGGGAUGUGUGGCUGGAUAGCUGUCGGUUUGCCGACAAUGGCAUUGGCCUGACCUUGGCCAGUGGUGGGACCUUCCCGUACGAUGAUGGCUCCAAGCAAGAGAUCAAGAACAGCUUGUUUGUGGGCGAGAGUGGCAAUGUGGGCACAGAAAUGAUGGACAACAGGAUCUGGGGCCCUGGUGGCCUGGACCACAGCGGAAGGACCCUCCCCAUUGGCCAGAAUUUUCCGAUCAGAGGAAUCCAGUUCUAUGAUGGCCCCAUCAAUGUCCAGAACUGCACCUUCCGGAAGUUCGUGGCCCUGGAGGGCCGGCACACCAGUGCCCUGGCCUUCCGCCUAAACAACGCAUGGCAGAGCUGCCCACACAACAAUGUGACCGGUGUCGUCUUUGAGGACGUCCCGAUCACUUCCAGAGUGUUCUUCGGAGAGCCCGGGCCCUGGUUCAACCAGCUGGACAUGGACGGGGACAAGACGUCUGUUUUCCAUGAUGUGGACGGCUCCGUGUCUGAGUACCCCGGCUCCUACCUCACCAAGGAGGACAACUGGCUGGUGCGCCACCCAGACUGCAUCGAUGUCCCGGACUGGAGGGGGGCCAUCUGCAGCGGGCGCUAUGCACAGAUGUACAUUCAGGCCUACAAGAGCAGUAACCUGUGGAUGAAGAUCAUUAAGAACGACUUUCCCAACCACCCUCUCCACCUGGAGGGCGCCCUCACCAGGAGCACUCAUUACCAGCAGUACCAGCCUGUCGUCACCCUGUACAAGGGCUAUACCAUCCACUGGGACCAGACGGCCCCUGCCGAACUUGCCAUCUGGCUCAUCAACUUCAAUAAGGGUGAUUGGAUCCGAGUGGGGCUCUGCUACCCACGAGGCACCUCCUUCUCCAUCCUCUCGGAUGUCCACAAUCGCCUGCUCAAGCAGACAUCCAAGACGGGCACCUUUGUGAGGACCCUGCAGAUGGAGAAGUUGGAGCAGAGUUAUCCUGGCAGGAGCCACUACUACUGGGACGAGGACUCAGGGCUCUUGUUCCUGAAGCUCAAAGCCCAGAAUGAGAGGGAGAAGUUUGCCUUCUGCUCCAUGAAAGGCUGCGAGAGGAUAAAGAUUAAAGCUAUGAUCCCAAAGCACGCGGGUGUCAGCGACUGCACGGCCACCACCUACCCCAGGUUCACCGAGCGGGCUGUGGUGGACGUGCCCAUGCCCCCCAAGCUCCGAGGGCCACAGCUGAAGUCCAAGGACCACUUCCUGGAGGUGAAGAUGGAGAGCUCCCGGCAGCACUUCUUCCACCUGCGGAGCGACUUCGCCUACAUCCAGGUGGAUGGGAGGAGGUAUUCCAGCUCAGAAGAUGGCGUCCAGGUGGUGGUGAUUGAUGGACGCCAGGGGCACGUGGUGAGCCAGGGCACCUUCAGGAGCUCCAUCCUGCAGGGCAUCCCCUGGCAGAUCUUCAGCUACGUGGCAGCCAUCCCUGACAACUCCAUAGUUGUCAUGGUGUCGAAGGGAAGAUAUGUCACCAGAGGCCCAUGGACCAGAGUGCUGGAGAAGCUGGGGGCAGACAAGGGUCUCAGGCUGAAAGAGAAACUGGCAUUCAUUGGCUACAAAGGCAGCUUCCGGCCCAUUUGGGUGACUCUGCAGACUGAGGACCAUAAGGCCAAAAUCUUCCAAGUUGUGCCCAUCCCUGUGGUGAGGAAGAGGCAGCUGUGAGGAUGGUUGCCACCUUGGUGCCAACGCAGUGGACUCUGACAUGGACCCUUGGCUCCCAGCCCUGUUCACAGCUACCCAGGGAGGUGGCUCGUCGACCCUGCCGGCCAAGGGAAGACAUCAGAGACCUCUGGUGCUGCCACCUGCCCCAACUCACUCACCUACCUGCAGCCAGGGCAGUGUUGGCCUCUUGGGUGCUUCUCUCCUAUCCAUGCCUCCUCUGUAGGGGUCUGAGGUGGUCUGGGUUGUGCUGGCUGCAAAGGUCCAUUUUGGCUAGAGCCUAGGCCCAGGGAGAAGGUGGCAAGGACUGGGUCACCUGCAGAUCCCGUGGUCACCAGCAGAUGUGUCAAGGGGACAGGUGUACAAAUGACAGUCCCGGCCCUGAAGAGAUCUUUACUCCUGUAAGCAAGGACGAGCCCUCACUGUGCAGACAGAGCUUGCAAAGUGCAGCUGGGAACCCGGGGAGUGGCUGCCUCUCGGGAGACUCCAGGGGCACAUUGGGACCAAUGCCCUUCCGCUCUGAGAAGCUGGAAGUCUGCGCCAGAACCCAGCAGCAGCUGAAAACAAUCUUCCCAGCAGACUAGCCGGAUUCGAGGGCUAGGGCCCAUGGGGCAGGAAAGUGCUAGCCAGUGGGUAAGGAUGACAGGCAGAGAGGCUGGAGAAGUGAGGAGGAGGCCAGUGCCCACCAGAGUUGGGGCAUCGAAGUGCCUAGGAGGAGGCACUGGGGCUGGCAGGACCGAAGCACUGUUUGUUGGUGGCGAGGGGCAGGUGGCCUCUGGAAUGACUCAGCAGUGAGGAUUUUUCUGCCACCACCUAACAACAGUCAGGUGACUGCAGGGUCACCCUUGCCCUCUGUUAGCCAACCCAUGUUGGCCAGAGACAAUCAGAGGGAGGGCCAGGCUGGGCCUGUGCCACCCAGAUCUGAGGAUCCAGCUCUCAGAGGGUGCAGAGCAGGCCACUGACACAGCCCCUGUGCUGGGACAUCCUCAUACUUCCCCCAGAGCUGACCAGCUAUGGACCAGCUUGUCCAUAGCCUUCAAUCAGCAGUGGGGAAGACAAGGCCCUGGGCUGGGAGAAGCAUGAAGCCUGGGCAGCCAGGGCCCCUUUCUAGCAGUCGCUGCCACACCAUGUUGCCUCCAAAGCUGGCUUGGGUAAAAGGUCCCUAAAGUAGCUUCCAAAAACGAGUCUGGUCCCCUUCAUGGGAAGAGAAGGAUCAGGAAGAACAAUCUUUGGCUGACUGCUAUUUUCUGCUGGCCCUCUUCUGGUUGUCGCGGUCCUGCACUGCUGUCACUUUGCUCACACUGCCUGCUAUCUCUUCCCCGGAGCCCAGCAGCAGUGGUCACUUCCUUGGUGCUACUGCGUUUGCAGUCCCAUGGCAAGGCCUGGCAGACUGCAUCCUCACAAGUUCCUGGUGAGCCACGUUGGCUCAUACAGAAGUCCAAAGAGCCUGCUGUUCUCAUCUACUGCUCAGGGGCCUCUGGGUCCCACACCAGCCCUGGGCCACUCUGGCUGUGGCCUCCCCAGGGCUCAUGAGUGCAUGUGUCUCCUUCUCUGGCCCAGCCACAAACUCUUUCCUUGAGAGAGGUCUUGCUGGGCCCCUCUGUCCCUCUGCACCCCUGAGACCCCAUCCCAGAACCCAUUCCCCAGGCUAAACCAGACAGGUCUUGCCCAUCAAACUGGGCUUCCAGCUGCUGGGAGGUGACAGUGGGACCCUGCCUCUUAAACACAGCUGCUUUGAAGGCCCAAAGCAUGGGAAGGACCCCUUCUGGGGAGCCUAGUGGGCAGGAGUUACACUGACCUCAUGCCCUUCUCGUCUAAUGUUGUUGGAUUCUCCAGCUCUUCCAACACAGGGGUCUCACACUGUGAACCACUUAGGAUGUGAUUACUUUCGGGGUGGCCAGGAAUGUUGAAUGUCUUUGACUCAGUUCAUUUCGAAAAAUAUCUAUUGGAAAGUUCUCAGAGUUGUACAUAUGUUUGAGACUACAGGAUCUGUACAUAAAAUUUUCUUUCCUAAAGUGUUCACCAAGAGGCAAUGACUAGGUGCUUUCUUGGUGGCACGGAUCUCCUUAUUGCUUAGAAAACUGUUCUUGCUGCUCUUUCUGUUUGUAAGUGACAGUGAGUUAGACCUCUAAGGAAAACAACAGUCCUCCAAAAUUCUUGUCUUUUUCCUGUUGCCGAAUUAGCUGGUCCUUUUUCGGGAGUUGGAUGUACAGUGUCUUUUAUAUGUAAACAUUUCUUGUAUGUGCCACCAUGAACAAAGAUAUAUUUUCUAUUUAUUUAUUGCAUAUGCACUUCAAGAAGUCACUGUCAGAGAAGUGUUGUCUUAAACGUCAUGUCGGAGGGUGUUCUCUGGACUGCUUUGGAGGGGUGUGCCAGAGCCAGGGACAUCAGCUCUGGUUUGGAAAACUGAGAUGUACCUUAGUAAAUAUACAAAGGAUGCCA